GAAAUAGAAGCUGGGUUCCUUGAUUUUCUUAGUCAGUUAAAAAAUCGAAAGACAGUGUGAAGGAUCAUGGUUUUCAGGGAGGCAAGGCGAUUCUUCGUCCUAUACGUGCCCCUGAUCACAGCCAUCUUCCUCAGCAUUCGUCUGAUCCGAAAACACACCACCGUCCAGCAGCCGAGCCAGCAGCUGCUAUGGGCACACCCGGUGUCGGCGAAAUGGGGCGCGAGGCCGAAUCUCCAAGACGCAGCUGUAGCAAAGCACAUUGAGACAGACGACGGCAGCGACAUUCCCGCAGCAGGGGGAGCAGCAGCAGCAGCCGCAAUCCCGCAGCGACAUGAAGAAAAACCUCAUUCGCCGCCCGACGCAGCUCAGAUGGUCACCACGCAGACGGCGCCCGAAAAGCUCGGCGAUUUGCUGCCGCCGAUUGAUGCCUUUGAUGGCGCAUCUCAGGCGGUCCCGGAGACGCACGUCGUCGUCUCUUCUUCGGGGGCCCUGGACCCUGUCGGGGCACCCAAAGCGCCGGGGGCAGGCCUGAAGGAGGCCAAGAGGCCCUUCACGCGGCUCGUGUUCGGCGGCCGCAGCGCCAUCAACCCAAACGUGCUGCCGCACCCGACCAAGAGGGACACGUACGUCAUGGUGGCGCAGGAGCACCCGCCGCCGCCCGACUCGUUCGGAAGGUUUACCGAGCUCACGUGCGACGCGGCCGUCAACCGCCGCGGCGAGCUGGCCUGCGUCACCUUCCCCGUCGCGCUGGCCAUCGAGCCGACCAAGACCAGGGGCAAUGCCUGCGACGAUCCGGCCAGGCCCGCGCUGGAGCUGCUGCAGAUCAACCAGGGCCCCCACGACGCGCGCGUCUUCCUGGGCCCCCGUGGCGGGGUCCCCCUGGUGUCGUACGGGAGCAACUCGGGGUUCACGUGCUUUGGGCAGUGGAUACAGGAUUUCCGGCUGGUGAGCCGCUGGGGCGAGCAGCAGCAGCAGCAGCUCGACGACGCCGACGACGCCCAGACGGGUGUGGCGCCGGUGGACAAGACCAUCACGAUGGCGGGCGAGCUCUUUGCGCGCGGCACCGAGAUGCAGCGGCCGCUCGGCGACGGCUACUCGCCGGUUGAAAAGAACUUUUUCGUCUUUUGGGACCGCGACGGCGCCAUGCACGCGCACCACGCCAUGCACCCGAGGCGGGUGCUGGGCCGGCUGAACGCGGACGGCAGCGUGGGCAGGGACCUGGGCCCGGACACGGCGGCGGCGGACGGGGCGUGCAUGGGGCGCCACCUGCCGGCCCUGGAGAGGGUUUCGUUCCUGUCCGGGCCGGGCGACGAGGACGACUCGGUGCACCAGUCGACCAACUCGCUGGCCGUCACCAUGUGCCGGCGCGGCGAGGCGGGCUGCGAGCCGUCGGCGGGCAACACCUUCAUCGCGACCGUGGUGCAGCACAAGCGCUACCGCGGGUUCCGGAGCUCGUACGAGGCGUACGUGGUGCUGUUUCGGCAGGAGGCGCCGUUUGCGCUGCACGCCGUGUCGCGGCGGCCGCUGUGGAUCCCCGGGCGGAGGAGGGCGCCGGAGAGGACCGAGAUGUUUUACAUCACGUCGCUCAACUGGAUGAGGCCGGGGCAGGGCUACCACGGGUACCUGGACGACGUGAUACUGGCUGGGUUCGGCAUCGAGGACGCGAGGCCGGCGGUGCUGGACGUCAGGGCUGAGGAUUUGUUUCAGGACAUGGGGCUGUGCUGAUCUUGUUUUGUUGUUGUUUGUUUACUUGCACGAUACCAUUUGCUAUUAUUGUACACGAAUGCGAGAGCCACUUUUUUCCCCAG